UUCCGAACAAUGACGUCGGGCUCUAUCACUGAAUUCAAAAAUAAUUAUGCCAAUAUGAUUGAAUCACGGAAAUGGAAACUCAACUGUAGUCAACGCUUUGUGGAAAAUUCUCUGUAUGAAUAUGGAAUGAAAUUAAAAAAAGAAAGUUGUGUCCAUUCGUUUAUCCUUGAUGUUGAUAACGAAGAUUUCCGUGGCCUCUUUGAAGAUGAUGGAUGGGAAGAAAUCGAAUGCACAAAUAUCAAGGAAGGUCCUCCUUUGCCUAACAAUGUGGAUAGACUCUUACAUGAUUUCAACAAGGAUUCUUCAAGACGUUAUGAAGACUUUAACACAAGAACUAUUUUUUAUGCUGUUAUUUAUUCCAUGUAUGUUACACAAAUAUAUGACGGAUGUAGGCUAACCCUUUUUUUUUUUUUGUGUACAUAUAGGCUCUUUUUACUGGAAGCAAGUCCCAAUCCGCUGAUGUCUCAACAACUAGAACAAUGGUAUCAAACAAACGUAUGGACGCCUGUAACGGAUAAAAUGCUUGGCAAUCUACCUAGUGUGGUGUGUGUAUUGGGCGAAUCAGCAAGUGUAGCUAGCAAGGAAAGAAAGCGACAACAAGGCAAAUUAUACCCUAGACGAAUGGGAUCACGUACUGACAUGGUUCUUCGAAAAACUGGAAAUGGAAUCGCACUGGAAUAUGGUACCUGA